GGAUGGUCGCAGCCUCCCAGCGUUGAGCGCUUUUCCUGCCCGGCCGGCUCAGCCCUUCGGACCCUGGGAGAAGUUUUCCCCCAAAAAUGCCCCGCGCGCUGCGGGGCCGUGGAGCCGCCCGGAGCUGCUGCGUGAUUUAUCAAGACUAUUGAAAGCGUAACCAUCCAAGAUGCCUGUCCCUCCCCCGCCAGCACCCCCACCACCACCAACAUUUGCUUUGGCCAAUACAGAGAAGCCUACCUUGAAUAAGUCUGAGCAGGCUGGAAGAAAUGCUCUUCUCUCUGACAUCAAUAAAGGGAAGAAACUAAAGAAGACGGUCACCAAUGACAGAAGUGCACCAAUAUUGGACAAACCGAAAGGUGCUGGUGCUGGUGGAGGUGGUGGCUUUGGUGGAGGAGGAAGCAGUGGUGGCACAGGAGGUGGUGGACCUCCUGGAUUGGGAGGACUAUUCCAGGCUGGAAUGCCGAAGCUGAGAUCCACAGCCAACAGAGAUAAUGAUGCUGGAGGAAGCCGACCACCAAUUUUGCCACCAGGAGGAAGAUCCACAUCUGCCAAACCCUUUUCACCCCCAAGUGGCCCAGGGAGGUUUCCUGUGCCUUCUCCAGGCCAAAGAACCGGUCCCCCAGAGCCUCCAAGGAACCGAAUGCCUCCCCCAAGGCCUGAUGUGGGCUCAAAGCCUGAUAACCUUCCCCCUCCAGUACCUAAUACACCAAGACCCGUUCAAUCAAGUCUUCAUAACCGGGGGUCCCCACCAGUGCCAGGAGCCCUCAGGCAGCCUAGCCCUGGGCCUACUCCUCCCCCUUUCCCCGGAAACAGAGGUGCUGCUUUUGGAGGAAGCUCCAUACGCCAGACACCCUCAGGCUCCUCCUCACCCUUCUCAGGCAGGCCUCCUCUGCCCCCAACCCCAGGCAGGGCCCUGGAUGACAAACCCCCUCCACCACCCCCUCCAAUGGGCAACAGGCCCUCCUUGCACAGGGAAGCCGUUCCACCUCCUCCCCCUCAAAACAACAAGCCUCCGGUGCCUUCUACGCCACGGCCUUCCUCCUCCUCACAGGCCCCACCUCCUCCACCGCCACCCAGCAGGCCUGGCCCACCACCCCUGCCUCCGGGUUCCAGUGGCAGUGAUGAAAUCCCAAGGCUCCCACAGCGGAAUGUGUCCCUCACUUCAUCUGCACCUCCCUUACCUUCACCAGGACGGUCGGGCCCUCUUCCUCCCCCGCCUAAUGAGAGGCCCCCUCCUCCAGUGAGGGACCCACCAGGCAGAUCAGGACCCCUCCCACCACCACCUCCAAUAAACAGAAAUGGCAGCACAUCUCGGGCCCUGCAGGCCACCCCCCAAUUGCCGUCCAGGAGUGGAGUUGAUAGUCCCAGGGGCGGACCCAGGCCACCUCUUCCUCCUGACAGACCUGGUGCUGGGGCACCUCCCCCACCACCACCUUCAACUUCAAUUAGAAAUGGCUUCCAAGACUCCUCCUGUGAAGAUGAGUGGGAAAGCAGAUUCUACUUCCAUCCGAUUUCUGAWUUGCCACCUCCAGAGCCAUAUGUACCAACGACCAAAACGUAUCCCAGUAAAUUGGCAAGAAGUGAAAGCCGGAGUGAGUAUUUCUGCCAACUUUUGGCAAAUUCAUACUUGAAUAGCCCGGGUUAUGCGUGGCAUUAUGUAGGAAGUCCAGGCCUCUGA